ACUCACAGAGGAGCCGGCUAUAAAUACGGCUGCGCGCAAGGCACAGUUAGACAUUUCCCCAAAAUCAAACGAAAGACGCAACUGAGCAAGAACCGUGGGAAUCCGGCUUUUUUACCAAUUCUUUGAAUCUCCUCUCCAGCUUGCUCCACGUUUCUCUUUUCUAUAUUUAGUAUCCAGCUCACUAUGUUGGCCACGGGUGGAUUAUAUUUGCAGCACGUCGUGGUGGCGACGCUGUGCUCCGCGCUGGCCACGGGGACGCUGGGGUCCCCGGUGCUGGGGCCAGAGCCGAUCCGCUGCGCCCCGUGCUCCCCGGAGAAGCUGAGCCAGUGUCCGGCGGUGGCGCCCGGAUGCGCCGAGGUGCUGCGGGAGCCCGGCUGCGGCUGCUGCCUCGCCUGCGCCCUGAAGGCUGCGGAGCUGUGCGGGAUCUACACGGCGCCGUGCGGCUCCGGACUGAGGUGCAUCCCGAGACCCGGCGACCCGCGGCCGCUGCACUCCCUCACCCGGGGACAAGCCGUGUGCACGGAGAGCACGGAGCCCGCAACGACCCCCGAGCCUCAAACCCAAGAGCCAGAGGCGGAGAUGGAGAACACAGCCAUGAUCUCGGACCCCGGCUCCAGCCUCUACCUCCCCGGCCACAGUAAGCCCUUCGACCCGAGGGCUGCGGCGGACGCGCAGGAGAGCAUGAAAGCCAAACUCGUCGCCAUCCGCAGGAAACUGGUGGAGCAGGGGCCCUGUCACCUGGAGCUGCAGAGGGCCCUGGACAAGAUUGCCAAGUCCCAGCAGAAGCUGGGGGACAAGUUGACCAGGUUCUACCUCCCGAACUGUGACAAGCACGGGCUCUACAAACCCAAACAGUGUGAAUCCUCCCUGGACGGGCAGAGGGGUCGAUGCUGGUGCGUGAACUCCUGGAACGGCAAGAAGAUUUUAGGUUCAGCCGACGUGUCCGCGGACGCCGAGUGUCCCUGAACGGGGGGGCGGCCACUGAUGCAUCACAAGAGAAGAAGAAGAAGAAGAAGAAGAAGAAGAAGCCACUGAUUAUUUCCCUUUUUGAUAUUUGUUUAUUUAUUGAUCUUGUCCAUGGUGGUGUUUAAUUCAGGUACACUGUCAUUGCGGGGCUGUGCGUCCCCCCCCCCCCUCCCCCCCUCAAACACCCGUCCCAAAGAGAAAAAGAAAAAAUCUAUUUUUGUUUUUCUGAAAAGGAGAUUUUUAAUAUUUACUUUUGACUCUUCGGCCUUAUUUAUUUCAACGUUACUACAUUGCGUUUGUUAUUUGUAAUUAUUUCAUGAGUAUUUAUAUAAUUGUUUUUGUUAUAUAUUAUUAUUAUUAUUAUUAUUAUUUUGUGAGUGUGUAUAUAAAGUACAUAUAUGUAUCUUGGCCCUGAGUAGCUCCACUGCUGAGUUGAGCUCGCUCGACCCUUGAGGAGUUUUCUGGAGGUUUUGGUUUGAGACGAACCAAGAACAAAAGCACUGAGUGACCAAAUGUCAUUUAGAAGUUGUUUCUAAAUGUAUUUUUAUUUGUUUUUUUAUGUUUUUUCUGUUAAUGUCUUAUUUUAUUUCCCGCUGUCACAUGAUCAGCUAUUGUCAGUGAAUGCAAAACUCUCACACGGUCUCAGAAAACAUUUCCCAUGGUUCCAUGGGGCUGCAGAUAGCAUGACAGGAGGUGCCCCCCUGCACUGCCUCUCAGACGGGUAUUUCUUACAUUUACCUACCUCCGAUAUUUAUGUGUCUGCUGUCACUUGUGUUGAGGUGUCCGUCGAGAAAAGACGUGUCGUUUAACUUUAUGCGUUGUGGUUGUUCUCUCUGACCAAGAACACAUGACCACAAAGAGCGCGGCCCCCCCCGCUCUGUCUACAUGCUGCUGUUGGGGAGAGAAUUGUUGUUGAUGUGAGUCGACUCCAAAGUGACUAACUGCUCACUCGUGUGUAUGUACACUUUUGUAAUUGAGAUGUAAUGCAAGAGAAAAAAAAGGUGAUAUAUUUAAUAAAAACAUUAACCUCA